UAACUCAUAUAAUAAGUCGUAUAAAACCCCAUUUUUUUGGGUCAAAUUUUUGUCAUUGUCUUCGUGCGGAUUCAACAAUCCACUAGCCAAGACGGGUCUACCUUUGUGGAUGUUGGGGUUGGGUGCGGAUCGGUUGCGAGCCGACAUGAACCGUUUACUCGCAUUUCUCUUCCACCAGGGGAUAUUAGACGAACAAUUCUUGCAACUUCAACAGCUUCAAGAUGAGAGCUCUCCAAACUUUGUAUCAGAAGUUGUCAACAUCUACUUCCAUGAGUCGGAGAAGCUUUUGAGGAACCUGAGAUCAUUACUGAUGGAUAGAGAGUUCUCGGACUACAAGAAAAUGAGAAUCCAUUUGAAUCAGUUGAUGGGAAGCAGCUCUAGCAUAGGUGCCAAAAGGGUCAGAAACGUGUGCGUUGCCUUUCGGGCCGCUUCUGAGCAGAACAACCGUGCUGGGUGCCUGAGAGCCUUGGAGGUCUUAGAACAUGAGUACUGUUUCCUCAAGAACAAAUUGCAUGAACUUUUCCAGAUAGAGCAGCAGAGAGUACUAGCAGCCGGAGUUAGAUACCCAAUGCAGAACUAA